GCCAUCGAGACGCGCCGGGCGAGCGGCGGCGCCCUGUCCCCAGGACCUGGAGGUCCGGGAGCUCGCUGAAAUGGCGGAGGCUUCGCCGCUGGUGUGGGUUCGCGGCCCGGGCUUCGGGUGCGAGGCGGUGCGGUGUGCGUCGGCCCGGUGCUCCGUACGAGAUUUGAUCCGCCGGCACUGCCACGAUCGGGGUGUCCCAGAGGACUGCUUCUUCGUGAAGUGCGACGGCUCCCUCGUGGACGCCAGUGAUGAAGUGAGACAUGGUGCUGUGUAUAGUCUGGAACCCAGGCUCCGUGGUGGAAAAGGAGGGUUUGGGUCUAUGCUCCGAGCGCUUGGCGCUCAGAUUGAGAAGACGACCAAUCGAGAAGCUUGCCGGGACCUCAGCGGGAGGAGGCUACGGGAUGUCAACCAUGAGAAAGCCAUGGCCGAGUGGGUGCGACAGCAGGCCGAGCGGGAGGCCGAGAAGGAGCAGAAGCGCCUGGAGCGGCUGCAGCGGAAGCUGGCAGAGCCCAGGCACUGCUUUGCCAGCCCUGCGUACCAGCAGCAGUGCCACGAGAUGGCAGAGCGCCUGGAGGACUCUGUACUCAAAGGUAUGCAGGCUGCCUCCAGCAAGAUGGUCUCGGCUGAGAUCGGCGAGAGUCGGAAAAGACCCAAGCCGGCAAAGACAGACCGAGGAGCCAGUGCAGGGAAAAGGAAGUGCUUCUGGUUGGGCAUGGAGGGACUGGAGACGGCAGAAGAGUCCAGCUCGGAGACCUCGGAUGAUGACUGGGAGGAAGGUCCUAGUACUUCAGGCACAAGCUUGCAUGCUGCAGACAACGGCCUCGAUGGUGCGAAGCCAGCAGCCAGGUCUCCCCACCGCCAUCCAGGGACGGGCAUGGCCAGCGUGGCCUUUCGGUCCCCAGAGCCACUGCCAGCCCCAGGGACAGGCUCAGGGCACUCUGUCUCCCCAGCUGUGUGUGCCACAUCGGGACAGACGUCUGUUGAGGGGUGUGAGGACAGGACAGUAGCCACAGAAACAGAGGAAAGCUGGGAGGAGGAGGGGGGCGCAGAGGGCAAAGAGUCAACAGAAGAAGAGGCCACAGAGGCUGGACUGACCCAGGAGCCGGAGCCGGAGCUGGAGCCGGAGGAGGCGGCUGAUGGAGCCAGAGCUGCCGAGGCCACACCUGGAGAGACCGGGGGAAGCGUGCCCACUGCCGGACUGGAGGGAGGCCCAUCAGGAAGCACACAUACUGGUCAGCAAACUCUCGAUUUGCUGGCCUUUGGCUGCGCGGCAGAGCUGGAGGUGCUGGGUUUGGACAGGCUCAAGUGUGAGCUCAUGGCCCUGGGACUGAAAUGCGGGGGUACCCUGCAGGAGCGCGCGGCUCGGCUCUUCUCUGUCAGGGGCCUGUCGAGGGACCAGAUCGACCUGGCUCUGUUCGCCAAACCUUCUAAGGGGAAGAAGAAAUGAAUUUCAUCGGAGCUGGUUUCCUGUUUCUUCAUAGUUUGGCGUUUAUAACCUGCGGAAUGU